UUUGGUGGGCACCCGACGGAUCCAAACUGUGUUUCGCACAAUUCAACGACACCCGAGUCGAUGUCAUGUCGUACCCCUGGUAUGGCACCGGCAUUGACGCCUCAAACCUCUAUACAAAGACUAUUGACAUACGAUAUCCAAAAGCCGGACGACCUAAUCCGACGGUUAAGCUAUUUGUAGCCGAUUUAGACAAAUCUGAUCCGUCGGCAGACUUGCGAGAGAUAAGUCCAUCCAAAGAGAUGGAUGACACUGACUAUUACUUUACGACCAUCUCAUGGAUC